AUGAACAGUUCAGGUGCUAGUUCGACUGUCAUCGAUAAUUUGUCCACCUUCAGCGCCUCCGCGACACUACCCUCAAUGCCCUACCACGAAGGCCCAAAUAAACAUGUCAUGCAUUCGGCGAGGACAGGCUCUCUGACUCCUCUUACUGACAAUGAUGACUCGGAUUCAAGUGAAGACGAAUACGGGAACAUCCGACUUCUCACCGAGCAUGUUGAAGCUCUUUCUCUCGCAACUGACGGCGGGCGCUCGUUCCAUGGGAAAUCGAGUCUUUCCGGCGUGAUUACCCAAGCUGCACAGACGAUACCGUCUCUAUCGCAUGCCAUUUGCAACCGUGGCCACCCGAUGAAUAUACUGCCCCAACGUCGUCCAAUCUACUGGAACGUGGCUCGUGAGGGCUUUGGCCUUAGAGCCUCUGACCCUGACACGCCGUUCACUUUUCCAGACCCCCCACUCCUACACGAACUAGUUGGAAUAUAUUUUGAUCGUGCAAACGCGUGGACGGGCUUAUUGCAUCGUCCCACUUUCCUCCACUCAUUAGAAAAAGGUCUCCAUCGCACGGAUCGAGGCUUUGGUGGUGUUGUGCUACUCGUUUGUGCCUUGGGUUCCAUACACUCAGACGACCCCAGACACGUCGAUGACCCCAGCAUCGCCGAAGGCGCCGGUAUUGAGCCGCCGUGGCAAUCAGCAGGAUGGAAGUGGGCUUCUCAAGUCGACCCGAUGCGCAAUGCAUUGUCUCACACACCAUCUUUAUAUGACUUACAAAUAUAUGCCUUAUCGCUUGUCACCGUCCAUGCCUAUCCGACAGCAAUGGACCUUUGUGCUCUUGCUGGUAUCGGCGUGCGGCGCGCACAGUCCGUUGGAGCACACAGGCGCAAGGCGUAUGGCGGUAAACUUACCGUAGAGGGAGAGCUCUGGAAGCGUGCCUUUUGGGCCCUUGUGUCGACAGAGCGCUGGAUUUGUAGUGCUCUCGGUCGGCCAUGUUCCAUUCAAGAAGAAGAUUUCGAUUUGGACCCGCCAAUGGAGUGUGACGAUGAGUAUUGGAGUCAUCCCGACCCCGACCGUCGUUUCAUCCAGCCCGAGGGAAGACCAUCCUUCAUGUCAUUCCACAUAUGUCUUCUCAAGAUUCGAGAGAUUUUCGCCUUCGCUUCACGGACCAUUUAUUCGACCAAGAAGUCUAGAAUUCUUUCUGGUCUGGUGGGACCUGACUGGGAACAUCGUGUAGUAGCCGAACUCGACUCCUCCCUGAACCACUGGCAGGAUCUACUCCCCUCGCACCUGAAAUGGGAUCCCGACCGAGCCGACGAGCUCUUCUAUUCACAGUCCGCAUGUUUAGCAUGCGCGUUCUACCACACACAGAUGUUCAUUCAUCGCCGCUUCAUCUUGAGUCUGGGCAGUCGCGCGCCAAGCCCUCUCGUAGAGGCUUCCAGCGUCAUCUGCUUGAACGCCGCACGAUCUUGUGGACGUAUCAUCCAUGCUUUCCGGCAACGCUCUCGAACUCGGACAUUCGCUUUUUCGCAUCUCUUCAUGCCCGCCUUUGAGGCCAUCAUAAUUCUCAUCAUUCAUGUAUCUCGAGCGAUUCAACGAGAAGGUGCAGUCUCGGAGCAACACGCCAGUGAUCUCGAAAUGGCAGCGAAAUGUGCGGGCAUUAUGGAAGAUUAUGAGCAAAGAUACUACUCUGCAGGCAAGAUAAGGGACAUACUCUGUCACAUCGCCUAUUCCUGCGGUCUUUCCAUGAUGUGGCCCAUGGCGACACCCCUCACAGACACCCCUCCAGAGCCAAUAUCAGGCGACCUCCCCGACGCGGCCACCUCGUCAGACAUGCCGCUUUCGCAGCAAGACCUCCAAGCGGACGAUUUCACGCGAUGGAUGAGCUACGAGGUUUUGCGGAGAGACUUCAACCCGUUCAGCAUCGUGAACGAACCGACGGACUCGUCGCUCUUCGAUUUCCCGUUCGAUCUCAAUAAUGGGCCGGGCAUUGAUGAUGUGGCGAUGACGAUGCCUACGCCUGACUUCGUUCCGACCUCUGAUUCGCCCUACAAUUGGGUGUAA